AUGUGGCCCGUGACUGUUGCCGUAUUUUCUCUCGCCGUCACAGCAUCCGCAUCUGCUGUGUGCAAAGUGACUCCUCAUGAUGCAGAAUGGCCUACUCAAGCAGAGUGGGCGUCUCUCAACAAUUCUAUCGACCAUCAGCUUCUGAGCACCGCACCCGUUGCUUCUUCCUGCUGGAAUGGGAAUCCGUUUGGGUCGCCAGUUUCUUGCAGUACCGUCAAUUCCGCCUGGGCAAACGCCUCGUGGCAGUCUCAAUUCCCAGAGUCCAUUGACUACCCAAUCUUUGCAAACAAUUCGUGCUUGCCACCUAAUGCCUCAGGCUACGUCAAAGGGCGUGGUUGCUUGAUUGGCGGCAUGCCACAAUACAUAGUGAAUGCCACUUCUGAAGAGCAAGUUGCGACAGCACUCAAGUGGGCGUCUACGCGUAAUAUCCGUGUUGUCGUUAAAGGAACUGGUCAUGAUCUGAACGGAAGGUCAAGCGGCGCCUACGCCUUGUCUAUCUGGACCUAUAAUCUGCGCAAGUUGGAACGCCACACAUCAUGGCGGGACCCUUCCACGGGCCGCUCUGAGGAUGUAUACAUCGUUGGCAGUGGCCAACAAUGGGGUAAUGUCCUCAACAUGGCCCUCGAGCAAGGCAGAGUUGUCACUACAGGCCAAGAUCCUAGCGUCGGACUCGGCGGCUACAUCCAGGGCGGCGGCCACGGUCCGAUUUCCCGGACUUACGGUCUUGCAUCUAGCCACGUCCUUCAAAUGACAGUUGUGACGACUGAAGGCCAAGUUCUGGUUGUCAACAAUGCCGAGAAUCAGGAUCUAUUCUGGGCACUCCGUGGUGGCGGUCCAGGUCUGUAUGGUGUGGUUACCGAGUAUGUCAUUAGACAUCAUCCGGCACCACGGAAUGUGGUCAUGGGCAAUCUUCUCAUUGCGCCUAAGGGCAGCAGCAAUCACAGUGCAGAAAUGUCCUGGGAUGCAGCUGUGACGCAUCUCUCAUCCCUUCCAGAUCUUAUGGACGCCGGACUGGCAGGAGCCUGCAUGGUGGCCGUUGGUGACAUGGCUAUGUCAUUUGGGUCACUCGAUCAGUUCACAUCGGGUGUGGUGAUUAAGCAGGUCUUCUGGUCAUUCAACUCCACUCCUGCUGCGAUGAAGACGCUGGUAAAUCCAGUUAUAGCCAAUAUCACCCAGGCAGCUGGGGGCAAUAGCAGUAUUUCAGUCUCGUUUACUGCAUCUAAUACCGGAAACUAUUCCUCUUUCUAUAGUGCCAUUUCUGGCAGUGAAGUGGCCGGUGGAGAGAGUGUGGUAUCUAGCCGUCUUCUCGGACGGCAUGAGCUUAUUGAAACACCUCUUCAGAAGCAGAAAGAAUACCUCAAGACUGCGAUGCGCUCGCAGAACGAAACAGCCGGAACCUAUGCAACAGUCGGGCUUCAGGGCGGACCAGGUGUGCGAAACACAGCCGAGGAGCAAUGGGGCGCAUUGCUUCCCGCUUGGCGCUCCGCAUAUCUCCAUUUCAUAUCCAAUGGCGCUACUGUGGACUCGAAGGCCGCAAGUUCACCAAAAUUGGCCCUGCAAAAAGCAGCCCAUUGGAACGAGGCCAAGGAGCGGAUGUGGAGAGAGUGGUCGCCCAAUUCAGGUGCCUAUAUGAACGAAGCCAAUCCGUACACCAGCAACUUCAAGCAGGAUUUCUACGGCUCGAACUACGAGCGUCUCGUGCAGAUCAAGGCCAAAUAUGACCCCAGCUAUAGUCUUUUUGUUCUCUCUGGUGUGGGAAGCGAUCAGUGGCAUUAUGAUUUGGAUACCGGACGACUUUGCAAAGGUAACUGA